AUGAUCGACGAUUUAGACCCAGAGGAACUAAAAGAGGAGGGAAAUAUUAAGUGGAAAAAUGGUGAAAUAGACGAUGCUAAUUCGUUAUGGAGGACGGCACUAAAGGAAUGCAUAAAAUAUUCAAUGAGAGGUUUUCCGACAAAAAAAAACAGAGAUAUGCAAAUGGCUCUUCGCCUGAACUUGUCACUAUAUCAUUUCAAGAAAAUGGAAUACGCGGAUUGCAUCAACCAAUGUAAUAUCGUUCUAGAAAAUAUCCCAGAAUUAAAUGAUAUCAUGAAUUAUUAUGCCGAUGAUAAAAAGUAUGAACAUAAUGAUACAGCCAAUUUGAUAAAUAAUGAACAAGCCGAAGCUAAAUAUGAUAUUAAAAGGGAUACCCUUACAAAAAUAUUUCUUAGGAGAGCAAAUUCCUAUCUAUUUUUGCAAGACUUUGAUAAAUGCAGAGAAAAUAUAAUGUUAAUAAAAAAAAUUGACAAAGAAAAUGGAGAAGCAAUAUGCUUGGAAAAAAAACUGAAAAUUGAAGAGAUUGAUUAUGAGAAAAAACAAAAAGAAUUAUAUAGAAAAAUGUGUGACACAACUCGGAAAGAAAGCAUAAAAUGA